CUUGUUUGAGUUUAACAAUCGAAAGAUACCAAUGACUGUAUGAAUUGUGAAAAUUUUCUCGUAUUUUUAGUUAUUUUUAAAUGAAUGAUUUAUUCGUUUUUCAUAAUUAUGCUUCGUAGCUCUUAAUUCUAUCUGCUAGUCAGUAUCUAAAUCUAUUUCUUAAUGGGUUAUCGUAUGUGCGGCUCAAAAUGUCUCUUUAUGUGUUUGGGACUAACUUGUAUCGUAGGUUGUUAUUUAGCCUUACUUCCUAUAGAAAACGAGAAGCUGCCAUCACCUAAACCAGUUCAAAAACAUAUCUCUAAAUUGUCUCAAAAGGAGCGAUUAGCAGUAAUAGUACCAUUUAGAGAUCGUUUUGAAGAGCUCCUAGAGUUUGUCCCGCAUAUGCACGACUUUUUAAACAGGCAAUCGAUCCCUUUCCACAUAUUUGUGAUCCAGCAGAAGGAUAACAACCGUUUCAACCGAGCUUCCUUAAUUAAUGUGGGUUUUCUACAUACGAAGAAAGACUUUGACUAUAUAGCGAUGCAUGACGUGGAUUUAUUACCUAUGAAUGAUGAUUUGAAGUAUAUAUAUCCAGCUGCAAAUCCUGUUCACAUAUCGUCACCGCAGACGCAUCCUAAUUAUCACUAUUCAACAUUUAUCGGAGGGAUCUUGCUGAUCAGGCGGGAGCACUUCGAGCUGGUGCACGGCAUGUCCAACAACUACUGGGGCUGGGGGCUGGAGGACGAUGAGUUCUACUUGCGGCUGAAGGACGCCGGGCUGCAGGUGCUCCGGCCAGAGGGGAUCACCACUGGGACUGAAGAUACAUUUAAACACAUCCACGACAAGACGUACCGCCGCCGUGACCACCGCAAGUGCUACAACCAGCGCGAAGUGACCCGCCGCCGCGACCGCGACACCGGCCUUCACGACGUCACCUACCGAGUGUACAGUGAACAUACCGUGACGGUUGAUGGGUUAGAAGCUACGGUUGUGACCGUGGAGCUAGUCUGUGACGAGAAGAGGACGCCUUGGUGCCAGUGUCCUAGUACUGUUGUUAAGAAGCCAGAGGCUAAGGCGAAGAGUUAAUAUGACGACUUUCAUACUCAUAUUUAUACCUACAUAACACACAAAAUUGACACUUGGAACCUAAGCUCUGUUCUAUAUGCCAGAUACUGAAAGGAACACCACAUUAUACGCUUAGCGCAUAUUCUUAGAGUGAAACAUAUAUCAAGAAAACUUUACAAUUCACACUCUCUGUGCUAUUGCGCGCAUAUUGUUAGCAUGAGACAGAUAAGGUUAGUUCGAUUGGCCAAUUUGAUUAGCAAUCGUCCCAUUUUUGCACAAAAGUUAGUACUAGAAUGAUAGAAUGAUUAGGCAAAUUGGGGUAAAGUAACUGUUAUUUUAGUAUCAAGUGGGUUUUUAUGCAUGUAAAGACUCUGUUUAAAACAUACUUAUACUAUAAGGCACCAGCUUCCACUGAGUGUACACUGUACAGUGAACAUACCGUGACAUUCGACGGGCUGGACGCCAUGGUCGUGACCGUGGAGUCCGUUGAGCUGGUCUGUGACGAGAAGUGGACGCCGUGGUGCCAGUGUCCUAGUACUGUUGUUAAGAAGCCGGAGCUAAGGUGAAGAGUUAAGUAGAGAAUAUUCAGUUUUUAAGAACAACUGACUCAGUUUUUAGUCUUAUAUUUAACAAAAAAACUCAAAGCCGUGUUACACGGUAACCAGUGGUGGAACCAGGAUUUUGGUUUGGGAGGGGUUUAUAGGUUGUUGUGUAUGAAGUUUGAGGGUUAUUGAAAAUAAAGGCCAAAGCGUAGCCAUAUACCUGGUCUGAUAUAGUCAAUUAGGUAUAAAAUUAUGAACAAUUAAUCUAUCUUCAGGACAACUAUUUCUGUUAAUGAUUGGUUAUUAGUCAUUCAUUAGUUAGUAUUAAACGGAAAGUUUUGGACAGUAUCAAAUGUUACUCAAAUUUUGUUAAACAAAGAGUUCUCAUUACCUUGUUUUAUACUGUAGUUACUGUAGCUUUAUAAGUUUUAUGACCCUGUGACAUUCCAUGGUAAUUAAAGGAUUGAUUACCCAUUUCUAGAAAAUUGUUAUGGAAGUCCUAUGAAAAAUUAAAUAUUUUUUGUUAGGUCUUCUAAAAGUCUAUGUCUAGUCUCUCUACUAUAAAUAUUUAUACCUAAAUAACUGAUCAGUGGGUACCAUCCAUCACUCAAACGGACUAAAACUUCCCUUUCAAUUAAUUGUAAUGUAAGCAAUAAUUACUCUGUUAUAGUUUUAUUUACAUUUUGUAAAUAUUUUAUACUGUAAUGACAAUAAACAUACUGUUUGAUCCUAAUUUUUUUAAAUUUAUUUUUAAAAUUACUAAAUGGAGCGCAAAAAAAGGAAACAACUUUUAAAUAAAUAAACCACUUUAUUGAAGCAUUUCUAAGCUUAUUUUAACAAUAUCCAUUUAAUAAUAUUUCCAUAAAGAGCUCCAAAAUUAUGGCAAAUAGAAUUCAUAAAUUUCAGAAACAUGAACAUAAAAUAACAAAUACCUUGAAACCGUUUAAGACGUCAAGAGACAUGUAUCGUGGUCGACAGUGUCAAGUAGAGUCAGAGUAGAGUGCGUCUAAGCUCUGCAGAGUGUGGCACUGCCAUUAUAAACUUCGUAUUUACAUAUGCGCUUAUUCAUAAAAUUUAACCAACUUAUGUUCAAUAUCAUCUCUUUUGACAAACACAAAUAUCAAAAUGUCUGAUAAAAACAAACGGCUUGUUAACUUAGAAUUGACAGACGUUGAAUCACGCCGUUAGAAAUUUGAAAUAUGGUGGAUGGUGGUACUGCCACACUUUUUCACUGCAGUCUGUGCAUGUUAAUAGCAUGAUCCGACUCUAGUGUCCACCACGUAAUGUAAUACCAUUGGGUGCAGUACAUCACAUCUACCAGGUUUGAUAGUUUUUCUAGUAUUUACACAAAAGUAACAAGGUUGAACAAUAAAAUUAAUUAAACUAAUUUAAAAUUAAAUACAACCUAUAAUGAGUAGGUACAAUAAAUUAAUAGGAACAUCGUCCAAAGAUGAUAUCCAAUAGAUACAACAUUCAGAAUAUACACGUGACAGAGGUGGCGCCACUAUCUAUGUAAAAUAUGUCUUUGAACUUGGUUAAAUAAAAAUCAACGUUAAGACUUAAAACAUAAGUGGAAUAGUGGAUACAGUAGAAACAAAUUUAACUGAUUUGCAAGACCGAAGUGAUCCCAUAGUGUACCGCGGACAAAGGUUUGUGCGGUACACUAAAAACUACUUGUAGGUUAAUAUUUUUUAUGUGGAUUGAUAUAAAAUAAAUAUUUAAAGUAAGAAAACUUUUUUUUUUCAAUAU